GAAACGUCUGGCGUAGUUGUAUCCAUGUAGACAACAACCGUCAUGAACUGGACGGCAGCCGCCAAAUUCAAUUUCGAGUUUGCUUCCUUCUCCGAUCCUCCCCAAACUCGCUUCCAUCCAGUUUAUCCGUCGCCGACGCAAUCAGUUUCUGCUGAACACACUUCAUCAUAUCUUCACCAGCGUCUUGAAUCUCAGCAUCAAAUUUCAUCGUUAUCAUUCCCUAUGCACUAUCGCUCACACUGCGGCCGUCCGCCGGGAGCCCGCACAGCACCCCGCAGCAUCCCGGGAUCUCCGUCUACGCGCCAUAAUGGAUGAGAAUAACCGGAUGAUCUUUAUUGCUAGCAGAAGACUCGGGAUUAUUUUCGCCGGGAGAUCUCCAAGCUCUCAUGAAACAUGUAGGCAAGGUGCAACGGGUCCAGUGGCAGGAUCCUGCCCGCACGACUCAGAACCACAGGAAAUGGACAACAGGCUGAAAUUUAAUCCCAGCGCUCCGCACGACGUUUGAUCGAGCUUGGGUUCUCCCUCUAUUGUCAAUUUGCACUCCUUACAACGUUUGUGCCCGCCUGAAAUUCCUGCACUACUUGCCGAUGGAUAAGACACAUCAGUGUCAACGUUCCUGGUGCAAGGGCGCGAACCCAGCGCAUGAUGUGGAUGAUCAGCGUCUGAGAUGAUUUACCUCGGCAAUUCUGUGCGCACAUGAACCAUGCUGACGCUUUAUCGUUUUGCUAUCGGGUACGCAUGAAUGAUGAUGUGCACUUAUAUACCCUGCGGGAAUGAGCUCCCGUCCGGCGCUCACCCUCAAUCAUGCUUAGCGUUGCGCUCUGUUCGCUCCUCCCGUUCAUUCUGUCGGCGAAUGCACUCAAGCUCGACCUCGCAAGGGUCGCAGCAGCAAGCAGCAGUGUCAACAACAACUUGAUCAACAAGUACAAUGUUCGCUACACGACCAAUAUCACAAUCAGCGGUCGAGUUGUGAAUGUUGUGCUUGACACGGGAAGCACCGAUCUCUGGGUGAUGCCUCCAGACGGCCUCCCGGCAUUCAAAGACACCGGAAUCAAUACCAAGAUCGUGUACGGAAACGGAUACGACUAUGUUGCGGGGGAUAUUGGCACCGGAGAAUUCCAGCUCGAUAGCUACAUCAUCCCCAAUCAAGCCUUCUUGAAAGUCAACGACGCUUCCGCUGCCGAGCAAGGCGACUUCCAACUGGGCAUAUACGGCGUCUGGGGACUUGGUUUCAACACUCCGGGGUCCUCCAGAAUCAACGACGCGGUCACCCAGGCCUAUGGCUCUUCAGCCACGUGGGGCCAGUCUGCGCUCGCCAACAUCUUUGCCCAAGAUCCGACCAAGGCCGACUACAUCGCUAUCUCUCUUUCGCGUAAUGGAGACUCCGCCGGCUCAGCCGAUGCUUCGUUGGCGAUCGCAGAGUACGACACCCACUACACUCAGGUCGCCAACGCACCCAGACUUUCUCAAUCGCCGCCCGGUUCCGGAUCCUGGACUGUGACCCUGGAUUCCAUCUCUGUGGGAGGAAAGAAACUCAACUGGCCGACACCUUGCAGAAUGUUCCGCGCGGCAAGAAUAUUGUCGCUGUCGACACUGGGUGCGCCUUUCACAACCAAUGCGAUGUUGCCUGCAGCGCAGAUCGCGGCUAUCUACGGCUCGAUCCCCAACGCCGUCUUUGCGGCGAACGCCCAAUUACGUAUCCCGCAGACCCAGUACAGCUCGACGACCGGAGUCUGGGUCGUGCCUUGCACUGCGAGCAUCAGCGUCUCGCUCACAUUCGGCGGCCAGACGUUCCCUAUUCAUCCUCUAGACAUGACCGAUAUCCAGAUUGUCGCGUCGCCUGACGGCAAGAGCCAAUACACCGUCUGCAUCGGUUCCUUCACGGAUGUAGGCACGAUAGUGUCCGGUUUCAGCGACGGACUCGUGGGCGACAGCUUCUUGCGCAACGCAUACACUGUAUUCGACUUUGCCACCGGUGGCAAUGUUCCCCCCGGGACUACACCUUUCGUUCAGAUGCUAUCUGUGACAGAUGCUACCAAAGCUCAGGCCGACUAUCUCUCCGUUCGACGGGCUCUGUUGCGGAGCUACCCGCCCGAACUCAGCCCUGCCCAGUUUGUCCAGAUUUUUGGUUGAUCCGCACGAUUUCAUUAUACAGUAUGUAAAUCUUGAUGUACCAAAAUGAUUUUGAAAUCAUUUGCAUACACCGAUGGCUGUUGUGUUGAGGUUACUUACUCCAUGGCCGUUGUUGAUCAGACUGGCACUAGUUCGCGUCUCUGCUUAGUCAGCAUAAUCAUCAGUUCAGAGUCAUAGUGGACAUGUCCACUACCACGACAUCGAAAUCUACUGCUCCUCCCUCUAAGCCCAAGAAAGAUCGCGAACGCGAGAAGCGCGAGAAAGACCGGCUCUCCCAAUCUCAAAGUCCCGCCGAACGUCUAAAGAUCGUCGUCCGGCGCCUACCACCUAAUCUUCCCGAGGAGGUGUUCUGGCAGAGCGUCCAGACAUGGAUCACGGACGACACUGUGGCAUGGAAGGAAUACUAUCCUGGCAAGCUUCGUAAACGGCUCAACAAGGAGAACAUCCCGUCGCGCGCAUAUGUGUUGUUCAAGGACGAGGAGCAGAUCGCACAAUUCAGUCGCGAGUAUGACGGCCAUCUGUAUCGGGACAAAGCUGGCAACGAAUCUUAUGCCGUCGUGGAGUUUGCCCCCUACCAGAAGGUUCCUCUGGAAAAGAAGAAAGCAGAUCCGCGUAUUGGGACUAUCGAGAAGGACGAAGACUAUGUCUCGUUUAUCGAAUCGUUGAACGCAUCUGCGGCCACUGAGCCGCAGUCUCUCGAGGCUCUCAUUGCAGCCAACCAGCCUGUUCCCCAACCCAAGACGACGCCAUUGCUGGAAGCUCUCAAGGCUGAGAAGGCUGCACAGAAGGAGAAAGAGACGGCUAUUCGUCAAGCGGCUCAGCAGAAACGUGAUGAAGCGAAAAAGAAGAGUGCCGCCGCCACCCCUACUGCACUCCUUCAGGCGAAUGGACCUCCCAUGAGCAAGAAAGCAGCCAAGAGGGCAGCUGCAGCUGCUGCCUCUGCACCGGCUGUAGCGAAAGGUGCCGGCCCCACCAAGCCUCAAGCGCCCGAUUCGCCGACGAAACCGAUUCCCAAGGGCCCCAAAUCCCAGCGUCCACCUCGUGUUCCAGGUCCGCCGCCCGUCAUCACGGAUGUAUCGGCUGCGUCUGCUGCCAAUGAAGGUAACAAUGCACCCGACGGUCCAGUUUCGCCAGUCCAACGACGCAGUCGGCCAGUUAUUGGCCUGGCCUCUCGACAAUUUGAAGCAGCCUUGAACGGCGCUGGUGUUGCCCCUACUGGCGAUCGUAAGUCACGUCGUGAACGAGCUGCUGCUGCAGCUGCUGCAGACGGGGCCGAUUCGACUGCUCCCGACGCGAAGGCCGACUCUCC